CACGAGCACGAGGCCGGCCUCGCCGCCGCUGCCGCGGCUUGCAGCCCGGCCUUUCCCACCCCCUGCCGCUCGCCGCUGCAGCCUCGUGCGCUCCUUCGCCCGUCAACCUCGGCACCUCGCCGCCGGCUGCUGCUCCGCCCGCCCGCCCGUCCCCUCGCCGGCGACCUGCUCCUCUGGCUCUCUCCCUCUGUGCGGGCUUCUUUCCGGCCCAUCGUGCUGACCGGGCCUGAGCCGGCCCGAACGACCGGGCUCGUGUGCCGUGCCUGGUCCGGGUUUCGCCGGAACGGGCCGUUUAUAUGUGGGCCUGGGCCGUGCCGGCGACUUGCUCCUCUGGCUCUCUCCCCGUUUGCACCUAUAGGGCCAAACAUGCUGGAAAUUCCCGGCCUACCACCUUCCGGUUGCGGUUUGGCCUUCCCCCGGCGAGGCACAUCCUCUCCCCCUUGUCUCCCGCGGCCUCCACGACCCGCUCGACUUUCUCCACUUCCGCAGUUCCGCUGCCGGUGCUCCGCCGCGGCCUCCCCAAUUCCUCUCUCGCUUCUCGACAUCCCGACCACCUCCUCCGGCGCCGUCCGCUCUGUCCCCACCCCUCCGCCAUGCGCUGGCCGUGGUCGGGGCGGUGCCACCGCCGCUGCCGGCUGUGAAUCUGAGCGGGGGUGCCUUCAGAUACUCCGCCUUUGUCCCUUCCGGUGAACGAACUGUUGUGCGUAACAUGAGUCCCUGACAUGGUCCGGUACAUCGGGGGAGAUGAGUGUGGGCAGUUACAGGAGGAUUAUCGCGGCGGGAUUGAGAUUUGAGGUUCCACUGGCUGGAGAUUGCGGGGGAGAACAAUGAGGCGCUGUGGUGGUGGGUUCAGAUGAGGAGCAUUGGUGAUAGGAUGCUGUUUGUUGGGAUCUUCCAGGGAUUCUCGUUCAGAACUGUGGAUUCCGCUAGGUUCAAGGGGAAUAAGCUGGAGAAGUCCAGAAGACAGGUGGGGUGCAUAAGGCCAUUGCAAAGGAAGUAUGCAUGGAUUGAGAUAUUUGAGCACCCGGCUUACAUUUGUUAGAUGAAUUCUGAAUGCGAGCACCAGGAAGGGAUUCAGAUCACACCUAUCGGCCUGACAAUGGCAACACAUAUAGCCCAACCUGUCUUGCCACUGAGGGCGGGGGCAGAAAGCAGGCAGCGGCAGGCAACCUGCCGACCAAUUUAUAGGGUACGGGUUCAGAGGAGCUGAACGAACCCUUCUCUUGCGGAGCCUCUUCUAUGAAUGGAUAUAGCAUGUACUAGAUAUUUGAAUUCAAUUUUUCUGUUAAAGUAAUAAUAUGAUGUUUAAUACUAAGUUAUAAGAGUGAAUCUGUAGUAGCACAUGCGCCUAUGCUCCCAUUGUUUGCAAGUUCAAAAGGACAAGGGAGUGAGCCGGUGUCUGUCGGUUUGGAGUGGAGCCUGUAUGGGAUGGAGUGGGUUUAGAUCUUUGGAGUCUAAAAGGUUGCCGCCGUGUCCCCGGACCCGCGUCCCCAAGGUAGAUCCUCAAUUAUCCCCAAAGGUGCCGACCCGCGUCCCACGAUCCCGUUCCUCGACCCGAACGAACCGGGUUCUCGCCGAUCUUGCCUCCUUAGGGGUUGUCCGGUAACAGAUCUCGUAGAUCCAAUCUUCCCUCCCCAGUGUUGUCUGGUGACAGACCCCUCAUAUUCAAUUCCUCACCGUAAGCGCUUGUUUGGUUUCAGAUCAUUCGCAUCCAAUUCGAGCUCCUUUGUUGCCAGCUGGUGGCAAGUCGAUCCAAUAUUUGUCUCCAAUAUUUGUUGGAGCCUCGAUCUGUACUUGAGAUGAUGCAAUCCAGGGAUGCACUGCAGGACGUUACAGGCCAUCAGACAUUGAGGCAGAAUCAUGGUAAUACUGAGCAAGUGAUACAAAUUUCUCUAGCCGUGCGACGUAAUGUUGAAGCUGUAUCUGGUAUGCAAAUGAGGGAGCUGAUGGGGAGGAUCCAAAAAAUAGAGGCUGAAAUGGAGGAACGGCUGCAAAGUAUUCUCAAGGAAGAUAAACUCCACGCUCAAUUAAGUGCUGCAUUGCAAGAGCUGAGUGAACUAAUAGUGGACGCAGCCAAAAGGUUUGAAGGCAAUGAAUUAGAUGAUGAGCUAAAUAAGUUGCAGGGACAAUCUGAUGUCAUACGACGUGUCUUUGAGAACAGUCGAGACAAAUUCACCAAGAUAGUUGAGCAGAUGAAAACAAUGAAAAUGAGCCUUGUAGCCAUGAUGAAACAGGUUGACAAGUUACAUGAGGAGGCACAAAAAGCUGAAAUGAGAGCGCACGGAUUGGCAACAAUGGUGCCUGGGAUGGCACAAGCUCAAGUGGCACAACCAGGCAUGGACCCUUACGGAAGGACAUACAAUAAUCUCCCCGCUUCAUAUCAGCAAACUCAAGCAAGUCAAUCUGGGGUGGCACAAAAUCCGGCUGUAUCUGCUGUAGUUUGCCCUUAUGCAUACCCAUAUGGUUAUUUCCCUCCAGCCGCAUAUCAGCAAGCAACUCAAGGUUGGUCUUACGCUUAUCCUGUGCCUUAUGCAUACGCCAAUCCCAUGGCGUCCCAUCAGGCUGUGCAGGCUAGUGGAUAUGCUUACCCAGGUUCUGGUCCUGUUCAGAAUGCCACCCCCUACUAUCCUGGUUACCUUGCAGGAUAUGAUCAAAAUGCCCUGCACUAUCCUUCUUAUGUUGCACCUCGGCAUCCAUAUCCAAUGACAGUGAACGGUACACCUACAACUGAUGCUACCAACAUGGAAGGUAAUGCUGGAUUUCCUGCCGGGCAGGUUCAAACAAGCGGCAGAGCUGGUACCGGCAUUGGACAUGCACCAAUUCCUCCUUCCGAAAGUUCAAAUAAGCGGCAGAGAGGCAGCUCAGAUGUGAUGUGAGAAACCGUUGUUUGCAAUGCAAAUGAGGUGUGAGCACCUAGUACCUAUUUCCUUUACUUGCAGACUCUUAUUAUGUCACUGAUGUGAUGUUAUCAGGACGUAGGGUGCGAUCACCCAUUUGCCUGGAUUAUGGAUUCAAUAUUCUUGUCAUUGCCGACUGUAUGGAAUUAUUGGAGAUACAUCAUAUUACCGUGGUUGAACUCUGAUGAACAAUGUGACUUGGAUUUGCUUCUGCUCUAUAUUUA